GACGUAUUUUGCUUUCUCAUUCUAACCAGGACGUGAGAAUGAACCUGGAAAACGGCAGCAGGCGACUGGGAUUCUGACGCCGUGAGGCUCACGACAUUCCCUUCCCAAGAUGCCUCGCCCCGAUUGAAGCCAGUGUGAUCAAAUCAACCCCCCCCCCCCCCCACCACCACACUGCCUGCGCGGAGUGGUCGUCGAUGUGUUGGUUUUGGCAUCCAUUUAUUGAAACUAGCGCAAUGUUAGCCACCAGAACGGCUGAGGAUGAGUCCCUGGAGAUGGAGGAUAUGGACACCCUGGAGCCAGACUGGUGCUGGUUCUACCUGGCCGAGUGUGGGGUGUGGCACAUGUUUGAGAUCGACCCGAGCGCUGCUUGCAACGUGACCAGCGCCCAGAUUGAGCAGUGCUACAGCCGGAACCAACGCGGCAUCAUGGAGUUUUACACGGCCAAGUACACAUACCGACUGGACUUCUCGGUCAUGCGGCAGGUCAACUUGACGACUGGGAAGCAGCGGCCAAUCAAGCGCUCCCUCCACUCCACAACCGGCUUCAGGUUUAUUUGCGACAACCUGGCCUUGCCCGUGCCGUGUCACUGGGAGAGGAUCAACACGGACGAGCCCUAUCAGCUAGUCCAUUUGAGCCGAGACACCUACGAGUUUAAAGAAGUUUCCCGGCUGUACGAAAGGACCAUGGAUCGAGCCAUUAAAUCCAUCCAGAGGAUUCAGAACUUGGAUUUGUGGGAAUUCUUUUGCAGGAAGAAAAUGCAACUGAGAAAAGUGAAGCGCACUUUUGAUAUCGAGGAGCGAAUGCUUUUCCACGGCACGGGAUGCAACAACAUCCAGGCCAUAUGCAUGUUUAAUUUUGAUUGGCGGCUCACGGGAAGCAACGGAGACGUAUAUGGAAAAGGUAGCUACUUCGCCCGGGACGCCAAGUACUCCAGUAAGUUCUGCCUCAACACCAGCAAGCACAACAGCAACCUGCACCGGCAUGGGCUGUCGGUGCCCAUCUUCGCUAGUGAACCGUCGUAUAAGAGCAUGUUCCUGGCGCGAGUGCUGGUGGGCGAGUACACGCUGGGCCACCCGCUCUACUGCCGCCCGCCUUCCAAGGACACCAGCCUCACCAAUUUCUUCGACAGUUGCGUGGACGACAUGGCCAACCCGAAAAUCUACGUCAUCUUCGACAGCAAUCAGAUCUACCCGGAAUACCUGAUCGAGUUCUAUUGAGAUUGUCCGCUUUCCCAAUCCGAGACGAGCACUUCAAGAGAUGUCAAGGCGAUCCUGUGCCUAAGAGCAUGAAUUUUAAAGUGCCUUUGAUGAGGAAGAUGACAACUCUGCAAGGAUGUUUUUUCCACUGCACGUCCAAAUGGGAUAUGGAGCAAAUGAGCUGGAAAUGCUAACAACAAUGAAACUUGACUCAUAAGUCUUACUGGCUCUAUUGUGCAGAUGUAUCUGCAUAGAGCAGCCUGCUCAUGGUCUCCAUUUUGAAAUAAUGUCAUGAGGACCGCAAUUUUCGGACUAUAAGUCGCACCGGAGUAUAAGUCGCACCAGCCAUAAAAUGCCCAAAAAAGUGAAUAAAAACAUAUAUAAAUCGCU